AUGUUUACGAAAUCGAAACCAGCCUUCACGGAAGUGGUCGUCAUCUUGAAGGCAGACACGACGCCUUUCCCAAGGCAGUUAGACUGGUGGAGAGGGGCCACUUCCAACAAAGGGGCGAUCCUAAGCGGAUCGCCCGAUUUUCGUGAGACAGAAAGGGUUUGCUGCUUUGCUUACGAUCUCAGCGUGGCAAUAGUAGGAGAGAUAUUGGUCGGCCAGCAGUCGUCCCAUUUGCUGCUUCCACUCACUUUUUAA